UCCGCUUGGAAGGUCGUGGUCGAGCAGAAAGUGCCGGCAAAAUUCGAAUCUUCAUGCCGACCCAAAAGAAAAAAGAUUAAAAAAAUCGUCAUGCCGUCCCGGUUCGAAAUUCAAAAUUUGAAUGACGUCGCUGGGGUGAGGGCGGUUCAUCGUGUGGCUGCGGCGGCUGGUGGAGGACAUGGGAAACGAACCUCCUUCCACUGCGCGUCGGGGGUUCGCCGUGGGACCGUGGGUGCUGCGUUCUUCCGGGUGAGGAAGUUGUCGGAGGAGAAGACGCCAUUGCGGCAGAGUGACGACGGAGAAGACGCCAUCGCAAGUCGUCGGGGGAGUGGACGCCAUCGCGACAGUCAUCAGGGAGAAUACUCGAUCGCGGCAGUCGUGGGCGUCGGGGGAGAAUACCCAAUCGCGGCUCGUUUGGGAGCGAUGGACGGCGGCGACAUUGAAGUCAGUGGGAAGCUGUCGACGGCGGAGAGGACGGCAGUUGCAGCAGCUGUCACCUCAGUCGGAGUCAGUCCUCUUUCGUUGUCAGAUGAAGAGGACGACGGGGAGAAUGAAAGCGCAGAUCCGUGUGAGGAGGAGGAAGGUCAUGCAAUGCACAGCGGUGGAAGGGUUGGACACCGCCGCCAUUUGCGACGCCGUCGUUCAGGUAUGCUGCGCGUUGGGUUGCAGAGGUCUUCCCAAAGGAACGCCGUGGUGGUGGAUGAAAAGAAGGACGGGCAGGACGUGGCAGGAUCUGCGGCAAUGCGACGACACGACGGAGGAUUACUUUUGGGACAAGUUGCGCAUGUCGCCACGUGUCUUCUGGGAGAUUGCGGAAGCUCUGUCGCCAUUCCUGCAGCGGCGUGUGACAUUCUACAGGGAGCCGCAGCAGCCCGAUCAGAUCGUCACGUACGCGUUGUAUCGAUGGGUGUCGGGGGAGACGUACAAGAGCAACACGUGUAACUUCGGCAUUGGCAGAGCAUCAGGUUUGGUGGCGGUGUGGGACGUCACUGCGGCGUUGCUGACGGUCUAUCGUGACAAGAUAU